CGAUGAUCAUCUUACACAAUUUCUCGCACUGAUAGGGAGCACUAUCAAUUAGACGUCCAAUGCUGAGUGGUUGACUUCUAUUGAACCAUACUUCAGUCUUGUUGUAUCACUUGUCAGUGAUGAAAAAGGAAAAGAAGAGAUAUUAUGCAGUGGUUUCCGGACGGGUUGCCGAAGCUACGAUAUUCUCCUCUUGGGGAGAUGCGCAUCCCUAUAUUACUGGCUGCCAUUCAAUCUUCGAGGGCUUCGUAACUCUAUCUGAAGCCCAGAAGUACUUGAAUGCCAAAGGAAUAGACAAGCCUAGAUUGGUGAUUCACGAAUGCCCCAAAGAGACUCGUCCUCAAUUCUCUCGAGGGAAAUUUUAUGCAGUGGCCCUUGGUCGAAAACCAGGUGUAUAUCUCUCCUGGGAGGAUGCUGAACCACAAGUCAAUGGGUAUCCGCAUGCAUGUUAUCAGUGCUUCACGACACGUGCCCAAGCACAAGCCUUUAUUAGCAACUGGAAGGAAUCUGAUGCAGAUGUUCGCCGGAGAGAUAAUGUCACUCAACCAGCAGGCUGCCUCAGGCCGAGUGACUCGGAAUCAAGUUUCCAUGAUCUCCAGCCUCGUCAGAGAGAGGACCUGAGCGAAUGGAUCACCACCGAAAUGAGGAACCUUCACAUUACAGGAAGUAAGGAAGACAAGCUUUAGGAACUCGAUUCUGGAGUAGAACAGAAAGUAACACAGAACAAUUGCAUCAACACAUUCGCACUAGAGC